ACAUUCUCCACCGUGGCUGGUGGUGCUGCAACCAACCCCACCGCGCAAUACACAUACGCAAUGGUGGUGGUAGAUUCAGAGCUCAAACACUCACUGAAACGAAGAAACCAUGAACAUGGAAGCGUCAGAGUUGGAUGAAGCCAUGAAAGUGCUGGACUCUUGUUUAUCCCUCAUCAAUUGGCGCCUCAAACCUUAUUCCAAGCGUCGAUUACAAUUAGAUAUUCUUGCACUCUGUACCAGAAUGAGACCAGUUGUUAUGGUUGAUUAUGGAGGAAUCAUGCCUCAACUUCAACACCAUCUCUCUUCACUCCUCCACCUUGCUCACAAGGAGUCACCCAUUUUUGAGCAUAUAAGAGUGAUGGUUAUACAAGACAUGAUAUACUUGAUACAUGCAACUGAACUAGCUCACUAUGUCACUUCAUGCUUGAACUCUCAACCCAAAUUGCUCUUUGUGGACCUGGAACAUGAUCCCCCAAAGUUGAUAACACAAAUAGAGGAAAGCCAACUAGCGAUGCAGUUCGUGUCGAUUCAGAAGCAGUUUUUGACAGUGUUUUCUUCUGAGGGGAUCACUGAUCCCUCGCCAUCCCAGGAAGCGAAAUGUGUGGAUGAUGCUAACUCCUCUGUUGGGUGUUCUAACUCUAGUUCUACUGACUGCAUUGAUCUCAGUAACUUCUUGGACAACACUGAUGUGAUUGUGCCAACCUUGAAUGGAUGGCUUCUAGGCUACCCAGUGGUGUAUCUGUUUGGCAAGGAGCAUAUAGCUGAUGCCAUUUAUAAUCUGUCGACCAAAUAUCUUCAUAUUUUCCAAGUGUUUGUCUGCAGGAAUAGUACUCUCAAGAAAGGAACUCAAGCUGAAGAACUGUUAAGCUUUACAGUGCCUUAUGAUCUAAGCAUGAGGGGGAGUAAUGAAGAAUGGGUAGAGGCUUUUAUGGCUCACAUGCGUGCAAAGUGGGAAAGAUGUCCAAAUGCUUGGAAGUCGUUAAAGAUGGAGGUUAGUGAGUGUCAUCCUCAAGCUAUCGUGCUUUAGUAUUAGUUGUCACCUCAUCUAGGUUCUACCUUUGCUGAAUAGAAUUUGAAUCCCCCAAAAAGGUAUAUGAUGUACUUUGAAAAGUGUACUUAAAUUAUUUUAGUUGUUGAAGGAUAUAUGAUUCUGAAAUUGCUACUUGCGACAUGGACUACUUAUAAAGUGUACAUGGGAGUUUCAAAAAUAAAGAAUAUAUAGUUUGUUA